AUGAGUGUGGUUGCUCUUCGAGAUGGUCUUCUCAGCUGGCAGAACGUGCGGCUUCUCCGUACGGAACGACACUACCUCACAUUGCUGAAAGACGACCACCUCCGAACCCCCAAUCCUGACCAAGAUUUGAUCCGGCUGAUCGACUGCCGACUUGGCGUGGGCUUCCGCGAACUUGGCACCGAGCUGGUGGACCGUAUCGCGAUGGACAUUCUGCUCGGUAUCGGCGCCCUCCUCGUCGGCACGGGCACCCUCAUGGCCAUCUGGGGAGCGUAUCCCAAAGUUUUUCACGCGAGUAACCUACUUUCCGGAUUUGUGGGGAACGGUUUCGCUGCUGCCUUCGGGGUGGUCAACGCCGUCUGGUCCGCGUAUCUGGCCUGGCGGUUCCACCACCACGAGGCGGUCUGCACAGGGGUUCCUACGCUUGUGGCCUUCCAUGAGAAAAUCCACCGGCGGUUUCAUGCUCUCAAAUGGCAUGCCGUCGUCUCCGGAACGACCGGGCUGGUGGCUGGCGCAGCGUCCAUGGUCACGGCCAAGCGGUGGUGGGGAUACGUGAUUUUGAUUCCGUUUUACGAUAGCCCAUGA